UGCAGCAUCGGCGCUGCUAGUGGUUACAUCGUACUGCCAAGAAACAUUGGUGCGAAGUGAUCGGUUUGGAAUCCGCUGUGAAACAACUUUUUAUACCCGCAUCUAAGUGAUAAGAUGUGACCAGCGCCGAGAACCCUGCGUGGCUAAACAGUUCUUGACUGUGACUGUAUGGGCCGAAGCCUUGGGACCUGCUUGACGUCGACUCUCUUUGGGAAUGCUGUUCGGCUAUCAAGACCGUUUUGUUUCUUAGUCGCAUCGUGUGAUGUUCAUGAGAGGAUUCGGAGUGAUAUAAUUUAUAAUGUAUUCACCCGAACGGAACCAGGACAGACUGCUAGUCUCUACUUAUAUUAUAAAGAGAUGCGGUGACCGCAGCCGGACUGAAGUAUUACCGUGUCAAUUUGUGGUAAUUGAUGAAGUCGAAUCGCAAGGAAGCUUAAUUUGAUACCGUGAGGCAUGCGCGACGCCUCGCCUCGCGGCCUCGCGCCUCGCACGUGAACCUCAGCAUGGCGCCGCUGGUCGCGCUACUGCUCGUGCUAUGCCUCGUCCGAUGCGACACCAAGACUGUGCUGCAAGAUAAACUUGCGGGCGUGCGCACAGUGGACGUGCAGGCGGUGGAGGGGAUGGUCGCGCAGUUCCCGUGCGACCUGGGCACGGCCGCCAACGACAAGGUCUACAUGGUCUUCUGGUUCAGGGACGACGCCGGCAUCCCGCUGUACAGCUUCGACGUCCGCGGCAAGCCGCUGUCGGAGGCGCGGCACUGGUCGGCGCCGGAAGUGUUCGGGCCGCGUGCGCACUUCGCGACCUCCCCCCCUCCCGCCGCGCUGCUCGUGCGCGACGUGAAACGCCGCGACGAGGGCGUCUACCGCUGCCGCGUCGACUUCCGCAACACGCAGACCACCAGCUUCAGAUACAACCUCACUGUCGUUGUUCCCCCAGAGAAGCCGGUGGUGGUGGACCGGUGGGGGCGCGUCAUCAACACCACCACGCUGGGGCCGCACGAGGAGGGCCAGGACGUGCUUCUCACUUGCAGGGUCCUCGGAGGCCGCCCGGAGCCGUCAGUGCGGUGGCUGGUGAACGGGGUGCUGGUGGACGAGGAGUACGAGCACAACACGGGCGACGUGAUCGAGAACCGGUUGCUGUGGCCGGCGAUACGGCGCGCGGACUACGCCGCGGUGUUCACCUGCCAGGCCGCCAACUCUCUUCUCGUGCCGCCCAAGGAGCUGUCCUUGGUUUUGGACAUGUUUCUGAGGCCUCUGACGGUGGACAUAAAGAAGCCUUCCGAGCUGGGCGAGGGCGGAGUGCUGACGGCGGAGCGGCGAUACGAGGUUGUGUGCGAGUCCGCGGGCAGCCGGCCCCCCGCGCUCGUCUCGUGGUACAAGGGCAAGCGCCAGCUCAAGAGGAUCGAGCUGGAAAACCGCGAGAACCUGACGGUGAGCAAGAUGAGCUUCGUGCCGUCGCUGGAUGACGACGGCCGCCAGAUCACGUGCCGCGCGGAGAACCCCAACCGCACCGCGCUCUUUCUGGAAACCUCGUGGACCAUCAGUGUUGUAUACCCGCCCGUGGUGCACCUGCGGCUGGGCAGCUCGCUGUCGUCCUCGGACAUCAAGGAGGGCGACGAUGUCUACUUCGAGUGCCACGUCAAGGCCAACCCGCUCGCUAGAAAACUCAACUGGUUGCAUGACGACCGGCCGCUGGCGCACAACGCGACGGCGCGGGUGUUCCACAGCAACCAAAGCCUGGUGCUGCAGAAGGUGACGCGCCACAGCUCGGGCAGGUACGCCUGCUCCGCGAUCAACUCCGAGGGCGAGACCGUCUCCAACGAGCUCCACUUCAGAGUAAAGUACGCGCCAUCUUGCCGCAGCGGCGGGGUCUCAGUGGUGGGGGCGGCGCGGGGGGAGAGCGUGGUGAUCGUGUGCGAGGUGGACGCGGACCCGCCGGCCGCCGUCUUCAAGUGGAAGUUCAACAACUCCGGCGAGACCAUCGACGUCGCCGCCGACCGCUACACCUCCAACGGCAGCGCCUCCAGUCUCAAGUACACGCCUGUGGCAGACUUGGACUACGGCACCUUGUCGUGCUCGGCUUCUAAUGAAGUCGGCGCCCAGGUCGCGCCCUGCGUCUUCCAGAUGGUAGCGGCUGGCAAGCCGCACGCACCGCGGAACUGCACGCUGUGGAACCAGACCGCGGAGUCGGUGGAGGUGUCGUGUGUGGCGGGCUUCGACGGCGGCCUGCCGCAGCGGUUCCUGCUAGAGGUGUUCACCGAGCGCGGAGACCCCAGAGCGAACCUGACGUCGGAGGAGCCGUCGUGGACGGUGCGCGGGCUGGAGUGGGACGUGCGCUACCGGCUGGCGGCCGUGGCCGUCAACAGCAAGGGCCGCUCGCCGCCCGCCAGGAUCGACGACGUGCUCUUCAGCGACGUCGAGAAGAGAACAGCAUCGGAAGCCCCGCUGGGCAUGGGCGGCAUGCUGGGCGCGGCGGGCGCCGGCGCCGGCGCGGUGUGCACGCUGGUGGCGGGCGCGUGCGUCAUGUCGCUGCGCCGGCGCCGGCGACCGCCCGCCGCUAAGACGCCGCCUGCGCCGUCAACACGCGAGGAGAAGCUCCCCGACCAUGACGAUGCUGAGCCAGAUCUCAUUCCUAAUAAUUAUUGUGAAGCAGCGAGCGCGCCCAACAUCGCGGCGUCGUCGCCCGCGAGAGCGACUCCCGCGCCGCUCGCGCAGGCGUGCAACGGUCCGGGCGCGUCGUGGACGUGGGGCGCGCGCGCGCGCGAGGCGGGCGGCGCGGCGCUGGGCCGCAGCGCCAGCGCGUCGCUGCGCGCCGCCGACCUCAACGUCGACGCCAUCAAGGAGAAGCUGCUCGACCACCGGAUCCCCGAGUCCUGCGUCUAGUCGCUACGUAAUGAGCACCACGCCUCCUGCGCGCCCCGCCAUCGUGACAUCUACGAAAUACUGAUCGACGCAGUUUGAAUUAUUUUUGUUGACGACGCCAUAUUUUAUAUAAUCGAUAAAAUCGUUAUCUCUUUUCAUUAAAACAAACAUAAGAUAUUUAUUACCGAUUGACGGAUAAAAACUAUGGAAUUAAAAACUAAUUUUUAUAUGUCAAUGUUCGAGGUCUGUAGAAACAUUUUCACAUAUCAGAAUGACUAUAACAUUUCUACAUAUCAAUUAUAAUAGCUUCAACGACAUCGUCGUGAACACUUUCGGGCAAGUGAGCAGACAAACUGGAUCUAAUACCCACUCUAGUUUACACAUCCCUCGGCGCUAUGUUCCAUAUAUUUGUUUGACAAUAUUACACUAGCGUAACUGGUGUUUGUGCAUAGUUCCUUUUCAAACUGAUUUUCAAAAGAUAACUCGUCAAAAACUUUUUCUCACCGCAUCGUAAUGUUGGUUACAAAUCAUUGUUCACAUAUUUUGGUGAGUCUAGCGCUCCCGAGCAGCGAGGCGAGCAGCAGAGCGAUUGUGCCGUUGUACAUUUGUGGAGAUGUCCGUGUAAAUGUGUAGGUAGGUAGCGUCGGCGCCGCUCGGCGUGCGCAUGCGUGGUGACCCCCGACUCCGAAGCGCCGAAUUAUUUAUUACUUAAAAAAAUAAGGGAAUAAUACUGUUAACACGAUUAGGCAUUUACUAACAUAAGCUUCAACUGAACUAAAUCAAGUAAGACGAAGAGAAACUAAUAAUUAUACAAUUUGGUUCUUUAAAAUCUUCGAGGCUUUCUUGUAAAAAUACAUACCUACUUAUUUAUUAGUAAAUUCUAUAAAGAAAUAUUACAAUUCAAACUAAUCGUAUUCUUACAAAAUAAACUAGGUAGUAGUACCACGACACUUCGUAGCGCUUGCCACGAGGCUACGACGCUACGACGUCGGGGGUCCCGAUGCGUCUCCCAAGUGGGAGACAACAUCUGUAAUUUUAUUUUAAUGAACUCUGUGAUGUAAAUAGUAGUUUAAGAACUGAGUCUUUGCCACUUUUUUACAUGUCUACCAGUCUCUAGUCGAAUCUACUAUAGAUAAGCAAUAGGUAAACGGAUUCAUCGUUACUUGUACAAAUCGGAUAAAUCUAUGUAAAUAAUGUUUGUACUUGACUCUUAAGGUUUUAAUCGGCUUAGUGGCUAUGAGGGGGCAGGCGACUGCGGCGCGCGUAUAGUCUAUUGAAUUCAUAACUACUGUUAAUUUUGAAUAUCUAUAUAUACUUACACAUAGUAAAGAAAAUAUAUAGUAUAGAAAACAUAACGGGGGUGGUACCUUUUCCGGUUACCUUUUAACUCCCACCACACCACCAAGGGUUACGACGGGAUAAUUUUAAAGUCACAACCAAAUCAAAACCACAGAUGGAAUCUGGAGCAUUUAAUCAUUUUAUAAUAUGUGAAAUAAAAAGUUUGAUUUGAAGUGAGUCGCAGUCGGCCGCACCCAGCCUACCGUCACCGCGUCGCCUCACUCACAGUCAAUCAUACCAUACACUAAUCGCACAAAUGUGUCCAAUCCCGGAUAAUGACCAAUAUGUCAGCACAUAUUUGACGAUGUUUGUAUCUCUCCACGUCGUUUAUGAUAAUAUCGCAACAGCCACUAAUUAUCUUCAAGUAGCUUUGAUACCUUGAAUUUAUGAAUUGUUUUAUUAUACAGCAUUUAAAUAAUUUGGCUAAUUCUGUAUAGAAAAUCCGAUUGUAAAUGGUAACUAAAAAGCACAAGAUAAAAAGAUUAAAAAAGUACUGUAAUAACUCUUGGGCAUCCCUUCAUUACGUCAAAGGACUUCCGUUCCAAGAGCUUGUGAGACAUGAGGCCCUCGCGGUGGUGUGGCGAGCCGAGGCGAGGCGACGCGAGGCGCGAGGCGAACGAGGCGUAUCAACUCCUAUAUCAAUUAUUUCUCAGCGUUUAGUUCAACAGACUGACAUAUUUAUGAACUUGUAGAUAAAUAUUAUUAGGUAAUUACUUUGUAAGAGAGGUGAUUUGUUAUUAUAAAGUUUAAAUCAACUCAAAGAGUUCGCCCUACUGUUGACGUUUAUUUUGGAUGAGAUUAAAGGUUGUCUUGGA